AUGGCCGACACGAAGGACGUUUCAACUAGGACGAGAAACCUGCCUGAGGGCGAUGGAGCCAUCGACGAAACAACGAGCGGAGAUGUUUCUGGCUUUGAUGCCGAGAGAAUGAGAGCUAGGUCUCUACUCACAGCCGAUGAAGAGAAAAAGCUCAUGCGACGUGUCGAUCUGAGGAUCAUGACAAUUUGCUCCUUACUUUUUCUGAUGAAGAAUAUCGACUCCGACAAUAUUUCAAAUGCAAGAAUCAUGAAUAAGGGAACACCAAGAAACAUCAUGACGCAGCUGAAUAUGACUUCUGAUGAAUACAACCUCUUGACGGUCUUAUACUAUGUGCCCUACAUUGUCCUAGAAGCGCCGUCGAAUCUUUUGCUAAAGCGACUCAGACCGAGUGCUUGGCAAUCGAGGAUCAUGAUUUCUUGGGGUAUUGCGCUUCUCUGUCACGUUCCCGUCACAAACAAAGGCGGCAUCUAUGCGACUAGAUUUAUCCUCGGUGCAGAUAUUCUAAAGUUGGGUAGUUCGAAGCAGGCAUGUACAGACCGGAUGAAAUGUCGAUUCGGCUGCUUUACUUCUGUGAUUGCUAAGCAAGGUCUGACAAGUGUGGCAGAUGUACUCGGGAAUCUCUCUGGGAUAUUCAGUGGUAUUCUCGCAUUUGCAUUCGAUACAGUUUCUGGAUCAAGAGGAUUGUCAGGCUGGCAGUGGCUAUUCCUUGUGGAAGGGCUCGUAACCCUCGUUCUAGGCACAGCGGUCUAUUUUCUACUGCCCGAUUUCCCCCCCACGGCGAAGUGGUUGACCGAGAAGGAGAAGGCUUUCAUCCAAGCUCGCCUUCCGCCCAAUGCCCCGAGAGCUGAGGAGAUGAACUUCAACUUUAGUGAAAUUGUGGACUCGCUGAAAGAUCGACGUUUGUGGCUCUUCACUCUCAUCUGGGCUACCUUCACUGUCGGUACAUCUGGUGUCCGUUUCUAUCAACCAACGGUCAUCGCCAAUCUCGGAUUUACAACGAUAGCCCGAGCUCAGCUACUCAAUCUGCCGAUCUCGCUCUUGUCCAUCUUUGUCAUCGGAGUAACGGGCUUUUUCGCCGACAAGGGAACAAUACCGCGACCCCUCUACCCCUUAGGUGUCUUUGCUGUCGUAAUUGCGUGUUACGGAGUGUUGGUCGCCUACCCCUCCAACGGUGCUGUCUAUGCAGCAACGCUCGUCGGCAACGCUUUUACGUCUGCCUUCUUUCCUCUCAUGUGGCCUUGGCGCGUGCAGACAACCUCGCGAGCUACAGGUUCAGCCUUCAGCAUUGGCUUUGUCAACAGCUACGGUCAAAUUGGAGGUGCUAUCGGUCCUCAGAUCUUUAGAUCCAAGUACGCACCGCGUUACCAGACAAGCUUUGCGGCAGCCAUGGCUUUAGUUGUAUGCUGUGCCAUUGUCACGCUGAUUACAUGGUGGGUUACGAGGAAGACUGAGUCCGAUACCCGUCGUCUGAAAAGAGCUAGAGUUCGUGCUCAGAGGGACGGCCUGGCUGUGUUGGAUGAUGUCGUUGACCAAGAUCUGAACAAAAAGCGAUCCUCCGACGAAGAAAGCGCCUAGUUUAGGGACUUUACUGUUGAAACAUCUAAAGUUGUGGGGA